AUGACCGGUCACGCUAGAACCACGUCGAUAGGACUGGAUCAUCUGCUUGAGAAGAGGCUGGUCGACCCCGAAGACUUCGACAUAGAAAUUAACGAUGGAGAUUCGCAAAAGUCGUCGGAAUCUAUCCAGAAGCGGAACGGGCCGGUAACGUGGGCGUCGCUUCCGAGGAAAGAUCAACUGGGCAUACUCUUCCUCUCGAGGCUUGUCGAUUUCCUGCAGGUCGCCUCGCUGCAGGCCUACGUCUUCUACCAGCUCAAGAGCUUCGACGACACGUUAUCCGACGCCCAGAUCUCGAGCCAGGCCGGGCUUCUGCAGGGCGCAUUCACCGGCGCGCAGGUGCUGACUGCGUUUCUUUGGGGGAAGGCCGCCGACGCCAGCUGGUGUGGGAGGAAGAACGUCCUCAUCAUCGGACUUUUCGGCACUGCCAUCUCGUGUCUGGGGUAUGGGUUCGCGAGCAGUUUUUGGGCGGCCGCCUCCUGGCGCGCGGCCGGCGGUGGCAUCAACGGCACAGUCGGGAUCAUCCGGACAAUGAUUGCAGAAAUCACCGUCGAGCGAAAGUACCAAUCGAGGGCCUUUUUGAUUCUGCCGAUCAGCUUUAGUGUGGCGAGCACAUUCGGGCCUUUGAUGGGCGGGCUGUUGGCUGACCCUGCCAUGACGCUGCCGGGACUGUUCGGCGAGGGCGCUGUAUGGGGGUUUGGCUGGAUCAUGAAAUACCCCUAUGCUCUUCCUAGCCUGAUCAACGCCGUCGCCCUGGCCCUUGUGGGUUUCUUGGUGCUCUUUGCACUCGAAGAGACUUCGAGCAAGAGAAAGACCAAGUUCGAUAUCGGCCUGCACAUUGCUGGCCGCAUAAAAUCGACCAUUCUGCGCAAACCCGCACACGACGGGUACUACAAGCUCGAGACAUGGGAUUUCCCGGACUCCCCGACCCCGGACGUGGUCGCGAUCCAGGAGAAGCCUCAGGUCCCGGUCACAGCGCCGCAAAUGAAGCGGCCAAGAAGAACCCUGCCGUUCCGCCGCGUAUGGACAAGUAACGUCAUCUUCACACUAAUCACCGAGGCCUUCUACGACUUCCAGCUCGGCGCCUUCACCAACCUCUGGACCCUUUUCUUAUCUAGCCCCCGCUCCACGCCGGAAGAGACGGCGCAGCGGUCGCUGCCCUGGGUCUUCUCCGGCGGCCUGGGCAUGCCGGCCGCGACUGUGGGUAUCGCAACUUCUAUCCUGGGCAUACUGGGCAUGGCCCUCCAGAUCUUCCUCUACCCGCCCAUCCACGCGCGCCUCGGCACCCUGCGCGGGUUCCGCUACUUCAUGCUCCUGUUCCCCGUGGCCUACUUCCUCGCGCCAUACCUCGCCGUCCUGCCGUCCGCCACCGAGAGCCCCGCGCCCGCGUCCGGGUCCGCCAUCUGGAUGUACAUGACCGUAGUACAAGUCUUCCAGGUCAUGGCGCGCACCGUGACGCUGCCGGCGACCAUCAUUCUGCUCAACAACUGCAGCCCGCACCCGAGCGUGCUGGGCCUGGUCCACGGCCUCGGCCAGAGCGUGUCGGCGGGCUUCCGCACCGUCGGCCCCGUCGUUGGGGGGUGGUGGUACGGCGCCAGCCUGGAGAGCGGCGUCGUCGGCGCGGGCUGGUGGGGCGUCGCUGGCGUCGCCGCGCUGGGAUGCGUGGCUUCUAUGUUUAUCUACGAGGGCAGCGGACACGAGAUCGUGCUUGAGGGCGAGGAGGACGACAAGUUGUCGGGAUAA